AUGGGCAGGUCGCGCUGGGCCGCAGGCAGCAGGUCGCGCUGGGGCACGGGGCAGCAGGUCGCGCUGGGGCACGGGGCAGCAGGUCGCGCUGGGGCGCGCGGGGCAGCAGGUCGCGCUGGGGCGCGGGGCAGCAGGUCGCGCUGGGGCGCGGGGCAGCAGGUCGCGCUGGGGCACGGGGCAGCAGGUCGCGCUGGGGCACGGGGCAGCAGGUCGCGCUGGGGCACGGGGCAGCAGGUCGCGCUGGGGCACGGGGUAGCAGGUUGCGCUGGGGAACGGGGCAGCAUGUCGCGCUAG